UUACAUUACAGAAGUGAAGAAGAGGAUCUCUGUGUUCAUUGUUCUGGAGGAAACAGACUGCAGUUACACAUCACUUCUACAACCAGUCCAGAAGAAUUUAGUUUGGGAGAAUAAUGGCACUCGCAGCGGUUCUGAAACAAGACAACAUCUCUGCAGCUAUCCAGGCUUGUCAAGCCCCAGGAUCGUUCAACUACAAAUUGUUCUUUGAACAAGUAGGACUGAUGGGUAAAUCCAGUUCAGAUGGGGAGAAGGUGUUCAAGGCCUUAGACCAGGACAAGAGUGGAUUUAUAGAAAAAGAGGAACUAAAACGUUUCCUCCAGAACUUCUGCUCAGGGGCACGAGAGCUCACCGAGGCAGAGACCAACUCUCUCUUGGCAGUUGGAGACUGCGAUGGAGAUGGCAAAAUUGGGAUGGAAGAAUUCUGUUCCUUGCUUAAAUGAAUAUGUGGCGAACGUCUUGACUGACUUGAACAUUCUGCUACAUUCGUUUCAUGUUUCUCUCUUAUUUAUUUUGCAUACAUGAUCUGUGAGUUGCUUUUUAUAUUGCUUAUGAAGGAAUGCUUAAGAAAUCAUUGUCAUAAUUGUGUAAAUCAUGUUCGGGAACAAAAGAAACCCAUAAAUCUG